AUGAAUAUGUUAGAUGAUGAUGAUGACCAAAGCUUUCACGCUACGCGUGACAGCUACUCCCAUUUGAGCGGUGUCGAAUGGGAUGCGGUUGAACGGAUGGGUUCAACCGCGGGCAUCCAUGCUGUUAGCGUCAUGCUAGAGGCUCUCAAUAGAGAUGCCCAACAUGCUACUAUCGCCAAGUUCAUUCAAAAUGAACUUGACGCCGAACGCGAGAAAGUAGCCUUGCUUUACCAACAAUGUUCUCAACAAGCAGAGUUGUUAAGAGAACAGGGUGUUCAACAGUUUGAACUGUUGAGACAGCAGCAGGCUGCUGCUGGUGGGUCGAUGCACUCGCGUCGACCCGAGACCUUGAAGAUUGACACCUCCAAGUAUAGGGGAGUCGAAGAGGACUCCCUCUUGAGAUGGUUUGUCGAAUUAGACGACGUCAUAAGGGCGCGUCGCAUCGACGACGGGUAUAUGCAAGUUGCAUUUGACCAGUCAAAUCUGGCAGGACGUGCCAAGACUUGGGCUUUGGGGCUCAAGUUGCACGACCCAUAUGCGUUUGGGUCGUUAGAAGUCUUCAAGUCGCGGCUCAGACAAACGUUUGAACCGCCUAGAGCUGAGUUCAGAGCUAGAACUGAACUCUUGAAGCUCAAACAGGGUAAGCGUGAUGUGGUCUUGCGGAUGGUCCCGUCAAGACUCACCUGUUCCGACUUGAACUAG